AUGGAGGGUCACUUCAAUGGUCUUUUAAGAAGUGGACAAGCGAAGUUUUGGGGAGACGAGAGUUCGGAAGUAGUGCAUGUCCGUUUCAACUUCAUAUGGACAGCCGCGUCUACGCCAAUGUCGUGGCCGCACGACUGGAGUCCUCAGCUAUUUGCUGAUGCCAUUGCUAGGGAACCCUGGAAAGAUGGAAACUGGUUGAACAUGAUAUCCAGACAUCCAACUGGAGGAUAUGACCAGUUCGGAUGCUUAAGUGGAACUUUCGAGGCCAGUGAUUCUUACUCGGUAGACAUUUCGUUGCCUGGUGUAAGAGCUAGAAGAUGGGGACCUCACAAAGCAUCUUACAUGCAUCGAACUGCUUCUUUUGUUGGAGUUUUUGGAGAUGGAAGGAUAUUCCUGGUCGAAGCCAAUUCCGCGUUGCAUGCACUUACACAGUAUGUCGUAAUUUAA